AUGGAAAAUUUGUUUGGUGGAGUGAAAUUAAAUGAAUUGGAUUGGUUGCCAAAAAAUGCACCUUACGUAGAGGUUGAACCAAAGCAUGUGCAAAUAAUCGGAACUCCUACAGAAUUUUACGAAAAAUUAAUCGUAUUAAUUCGAGGAGCAAAAGAAAGAAUUGUGAUUUCGACGUUAUAUAUGGGCAAUAGUAAUUAUGAAAAUCAACUAGCAGAUGAAUUGGUAAAAGCAUUGGAUAUUAAUCCUGAUAUGAAAAUGAGUAUUCUUUUGGAUUGUUUAAGAGGUACACGUGGUGGAGUAAAGAAUAGUUCCAUAUCAUUGCUAAAAAGAUUGGUCCCACGCGCGUCAGUUUAUCUAUUUCAUACUCCAUUUUUGCGUGGUUUAAAGAAAAUGAUGCUACCGGAAAGAGUGAAUGAAGUAGUUGGCUUACAACACAUUAAACUUCUGGUAUUCGACAAUGAUGUCAUCAUUACUGGGGCUAAUCUUUCGAAGACUUAUUUUACGGAUCGACAAGAUAGGUAUAUACUAAUUGAAAACUGUCCGAAAUUGGCAAAUUUUGUGCAUUUAUUUGUUGAAGCUAUUGGAUCAAGUUCUUUCAAAUUAAAUGUACAAGGAACCAUCACUUUAGCCGAGAAAUGUUUUGUUCAUCCUUUUAAAGGAAGUCUGACUGCAUACAGAAAAAUGUUACGUGAGAGGGUAAUGACUGCAAUUAGUGUGCUGGAAAAAACUAAUUCAGAAGUCGAUUAUAGUAUGGGUACUCGAAUAUAUCCUUUGAUACAAAUGAGUGUCGCGUCAAUAAAUCAGGAAUUUGAAUUUUUGAAAAGUGUGUUAUCAAGACAGAAUGAUCUGCUUUCUCUAACGUUGUCAUCAGGUUAUUUCAAUUUCACAGACAGUUAUAUUAACUUUAUAACCAUGCACAGAUGUUACGAUAUGGAUAUUGUUUAUGCAUCUCCUCAGGCAAAUGGAUUCUACCAAGCUUCUGGUUUGUCAGGUUUCAUACCACUAAUAUAUGUAUUCAUUUCGCGUCUUUUUUACAAUAUAAUGUUACCAAAAGUUCGGUUGUUCGAGUAUAACAGACCUGGGUGGUCGUAUCAUGUAAAGGGUAUGUGGGUUGAUAUCAAGCGCUCAGUUUUUUCAGCCACACUAAUUGGUUCUUCCAAUUUUGGUCAUCGUUCUGUUCAUCGCGAUUUGGAAACUCAGUUUCUUAUAGUUACGGAUGACGAAAGAUUAAAGAGGAAUUUGAAAGAAGAACGUUUACGAAUGUUGAAUUAUGCAGCAAAGGUGGAUUCAUCAACCUUUUUACGACGAGAUCACCUUGUUCCAUUCUGGAUUCGCUGGAUCUCACGAUUUGUAAUGGUACUUCUGCAAGGUCUUAUAUGUGGCCGGGUUUUGAUGAAUUCUCUAGCUCAGAAAGGUGCAGCUCCUGUAGUAGCCACUUCACAUAGAGUUCGUACAUUUCGUAGAAAGGGAAAUCAUCACAGAAAUGACGACGGUGCAGUUAAUCCAUAUGAAGCUAGUGAACUGCUACAACGAUUGGGUGGGUGUUCUGUUCGUCAUUUUUCUUCCAAAACUAGUGCUUCAGCAUCUCAAUCGCUUGAAGAAUUAUUGAAGGAUGAAGUUUGGAUACCGGUAUAUCGUUUUCGUGGAAUUCAUUAUGGCGCUUUGGCAACAAAAACAAAACUAGCAUUGACAGUGUCAAGUAUAGCUCUGGUUCCAUACAAAUGGUGGCAAUAUUCUCAAGACAACAUAUCGUCCGAUCAACUGUUAUAUGUUUUGUCGUUUGCUUCAUUCACAACUUUGGCACUGUUUUUUCUCUCCAGGUUUUUUGGUCGUAUGAUUGGUGUGAUUUCGAUGAAUGCAACAAACGAUUACAUCCGUGUUGGUUACCUUUCAUUCUGGGGAAAUCGGCGUAACAAAUAUAUGAAAUUGGAAGAUGUAGUACCUCUUAAUGAAGCAAGUACUUCUAUCAGUGAUAAAGUGACUCGAUUCCAACAAUAUGGAUCGUACGUAUAUUCUUUCAAAUUCAACUUUCUUUACAUAAGUUUAAUUACUACAAAUUUUAGAAUAUCAACUGUAGUACAUCGUAAUUUUAUGUGUGAAGUAUUUUGUUAUUGCAAAGUUUAUCAUAAUGCGUGCUCAGAAAACGUUGAAAAAAUUUAUAAUUGUAGAUCUAUUUCGUAACU